CGCGGAGUGACUGUGGCCGCCGUACCCACCCUCUCUGGGUCUGCGUUCCUCCUCCAGGCUCUUCCCUGUGCCCAGAGCAUUUAUGAGUCUGAGCUCCAGGAGAAUUCCUUGAAGUUAUUUCUUUCAUUCUGACUACAUUGUUCAGCACAAAUGGAGGCCCCAAGUGCAGUUACAAAAAAAACCCACCAAAACAAAAAUGGUUUCUGUUCGAUUUUGGGAGAUAUUUUCUUUAACUGCAUUGGGCUGAGUUGGGGAACUGGUUUGCAUGCAGGGAGGUGACCCAGUCGCUGCCAGCCAGGGAUGAAAACUUGGCUUGUAUAAUCUGUGGCCACCCACUGGCUGCCUGGGAGUUGGCCGCAGCGGAUGAAGGGCAGGAGAGCUGGGCUUCCAGUUGGGUGGCCGGGCUGUGCUCUGCCAACCCCGAGCUGUGACACCUGCUUAGAUGCAGGUUGAAAGGGUUGUAAACAGCAAGUGACUGUAAAUUAUUAAAGUUCUUUGUAAACAGCGAGCGACUGUAAAUUAUUAAUCCUAGUGCCUAACCGUGUUAACAUUUCAGGCUGUGUCAUACCAUGUCAUCCUUGUCAGUGUCCCGCAAGCAGUGGUUCUCAACCUUCUGGCCCUUUAAAUACAGUUCCUCAUGUUGUGACCCAACCAUAAAAUUUUCAUUGCUACUUCAUAACUGUAAUGUUGUUACUGUGAUGAAUCGUCAUGUAAAUAUCUGAUAUGCAGGAUGGUCUUAGGCGACCCCUGUGAAAGGGUCGUUCGACCGCCAAAGGGGUCGCGACCCACAGGUUGAGAACCGCUGCUCAAGAGGGUUCGCCUCUGACAACCCCAGUGUGAACUCAGGUCUGGCCUUACUGUUAUUUGUCCUUAAUGAGAUUAAACUUUGCUUUCCAUGGCAAGUUAAGGUUGUCUUUAAGGGAGUGUGCUGAACAAUCAGAGCCUAGAAAGGCAACAAUACCUUUGAACCUUGAACAAGGAGGUGAUUGGGGGAUUGCCCACCCCCUGUCAAAAAUCUGCUUAUAAACUUUUUAAAAAAAAUUUUAAUACAUUUUAUUGAUUUUUUUACAGAGAGGUAGGGAGAGAGAUAGUCAGAAACAUCGAUGAGAGAGAAACAUUGAUCAGCUGCCUCCUGCACGCCCCCGACUGGGGAUGUGCCCGCAACCAAGGUACAUGCCCUUUACCGGAAUCGAACCUGGGACCCUUCAGUCUGCAGGCCGAUGCUCUAUCCACUGAGCCAAACCGGUUAUGGCUGCUUAUAAACUUUUGAUUUCCCCCAAAAUUUACUAAUAGCCUACUGUUGACUGGAAGCUUUACCAAUAACAUAAACAGUUGAUUAGCACGUGUUUUUUAUGUUAUAUGUAUUAUAUACUGUAUUCUCAUAAUAACAAGCUAGAGGAACAAAAAUGUUAUUAAGGAAAUUAUAAGGAAAAUACAUGUAUGUACUGUACUUAUUUAUUGAAAAAGCCCUUGUAUAAAUGAACCUGCACAGUGCCAACCCUUGUUGUUCAAGGGCCAACUGCAUUUUGCAUACCAGGAGGCAAAAGAAGAAGUGGAAUUAUAACCAAAUAAUAUUUAUGAAUAGGCGAUUUUUAGGUAGGCUCUUCAACUCCAAAAGGUCAAGAAAUUAAUAUCCUUAGGUGUUGCCCUGAACUGUUAAUUAGCUGGGCUGUUAUUCGAUGAGGGUGGUAUUUUAACUGCUUUGUUCAUGUGAAAGCUCCCGGCCUGGCACACAGUAGGCCUAAAACAACUGUUGGUAUGUCUCAGGGACUGAAGGGCCCUUUGAAGUUACCGGUGAAGUCACUCUCCUUGACAUUUGGAGAAAAAGAGCCAAGAGGGGAAUGGACUUGUCCAAGGUCACACAGGGAUCGAGUGGUCGGGCCAGGAGUAGAACCCAACAAAAACAGCGGCGCCCAGGCUGUGCCAGAGCCAACACCCAGCAUCCGUGUCUAUUUCGCUCUUUUGCUUUUGCAAGAGCCCUUGAGGUGGUUAAUUGUUAGUCUCUGAUUAUCAAUGAGGAAAGCAGGCUCAGAGAGGCAAGUCACACAGCUGCUAAGUUCCAGUCUUGAGACCCAGUUUUCACACGAAAGUGGGGGCCUGGCUUCUUUUGAACUAGUCUGCUCAGGAUAAGGGACAAGAGCCAAUCAAGUUUGCCUGAUAUCCAUCAACCAGGCCCUGGACACCUGGUCUCAGCCCAACUUUGCCUGCCUUGCUGUGUGGUCUUGGCUCCCUUCCCAGUCCACAGCCAUGGCCACCUUGGUGGCCCAGAAGCUUAUCCACCUUCUGCCCAGUUUUCGGCAGGCCUACCAGGAGCCUCAGCCAUCUGUGCAGCCAGAGCCUGUCUUCACGGUAGACCGAGCCAAGGUGCCACCCCUCUACUGGAAGCCGUACAUCUAUGUGGGUUACCGGCCACUGCAUCAGACCUGGCGCUUCUACUUCCGCACGCUGUUCCAGCAGCACAACGAGGCGGUGAACGUCUGGACCCACCUGCUGGCAGCCCUGGUGCUGCUGCUGCGGCUGGCCAUUUUUGUGGGGACCGUGGACUUCUGGGGAGACCCCCACGCACUGCCCCUCUUCAUCAUUGUCCUCGCCUCCUUCACCUACCUCUUCCUCAGUGCCUUGGCUCACCUCCUGCAGGCCAAGUCCGAGUUCUGGCAUUACAGCUUCUUCUUUCUGGACUACGUGGGUGUGGCUGUGUACCAAUUUGGCAGCGCCCUGGCACACUUCUACUAUGCCAUUGAGCCUGCCUGGCACGCCCAGGUGCAGACCAUUUUCCUGCCCACGGCCGCCUUUCUCGCCUGGCUUUCUUGCACUGGCUCGUGCUACAACAAGUACAUCCAGAAGCCCGGCCUGCUGGGCCGCACGUGCCAGGAAGUGCCCUCAGCGCUGGCUUACGCGCUGGACAUCAGCCCGGUGGCGCACCGCAUCCUGGUGUCCCCCAACCCUGCCACCGAUGACCUUGCCCUUCUCUACCACAAGUGCCAGGUCGUCUUCUUCCUGUUGGCUGCUGCUUUCUUCUCGGCCCUCAUGCCUGAGCGCUGGUUUCCUGGCAGCUGCCACCUCUUUGGGCAGGGCCACCAGCUCUUCCACGUCUUCUUGGUGUUCUGCACUCUGGCUCAGCUAGAGGCUGUGGCGCUGGAUUAUGAGGCCCGGCGGCCCAUCUAUGAGCCACUGCAUACCCGCUGGCCCCACAACUUCUCCGGCCUCUUCCUGCUCACCGUGGGCAGCAGUGUCCUCACCGCAUUCCUUCUGAGCCAGCUGGUACGGCGCAAACUCGAUCAGAAGACCCAGUGAAGGGAGGUUGGCAGCUGGUAGGGAGGGAGGUAGAGUGGGAGCCCAGGGGUCCGGGCUUGGCUCCAUAUAGGAACAAGGCCUGGUAAAGUUGUUUGUGUCUGCAAUGCGGUGUCUCUGUGCGCACGCCUCGGCUACCUAGGCUGGCAUUGGCUAGUCCUUGGGUUUAGGGGUUGGCCUGGAGUUCUGGGGUCCACUCCUGGGCCUGCCCUAACUCCCUGACUUGGGAGCGGGAAAGAGAUAAAGAUGUGGCUACCCUGGUUUGCCUCCCCACAUUGCCUCUCACUACAGGUGAGGAUGGGGAGGGGGAAGGGGAGUCAGCUGGGGCCAGGACUCUGGUUUGGGGCUUCCAGAUUAUCUAGAGGGGGUGAAGGUGGAAUUUAGGCUAGAGUUAGAUUUGAGCUGAGAGACAGAGGAGGUCUCAGCAACGCCCAUGUACCAGAUUUCAUUGGUGGGUGGGGAAGGGGCAGGACCAAAGUGUGUGCAGGACCUUACCAUUGUUUGAAUCCCAGCCUGGAGUUUUGGAACUUCAGAGUCCCCAAAGGUAAAGACUGUGCUAGGUGCAGGUGGAUCCCAUCCAGUGCCCCUAUCCCUCAGUCACUGUCCCCUGCAGCUCACCCUCCUAGCUUUGGCCUCCAUGUUCCAAAUGUCCUGUUCCUAGCCAUUCCACUGGGCCCUCUGGAUCAAAGACUUUAAUAUUGGGAUGGACUGUCAGGGGAAGCACUGAGGAGGGAAUAAUCAGUAUGGCCUGGGGCCCUCAGGGUUUUGGGUUGAGAAGGGUGAAUAGGAGUUUGCAGACAGAGAAGAGGAAAGGUAUUCCGGGCAGAGGGGAAAACCUGUACAAGGACCAAGGGGUACAGAAGGAGUUCAGUGGGGCUGGAGCUAGGGGCGGUCUGGACUUUGGUAUGUCCUGGAUGCAAUAAAGUUACUGUGAUAACA